AUGGCUUCACAAUCGCUCCCCAAAUCAAUGAAGGGUGUAAUCAUUGAGAAAACAGGCGGCACCGAGGUUCUGCAAUACAAGACAGAUCUGGCAGUGCCCGAGCCAAAAGAGGGUCAAGUCUUGGUCAAGAACGACUACGUUGGAAUCAAUUACAUUGAUACUUACUUUCGCACUGGGUUGUAUCCCGCACCCAGUUACCCUUACAUGCUUGGAAGAGAGGCAGAGGGUACCAUCGUCGCAAUUGGCCCAGACUCACCGCAAGGCUUUAAAGCCGGUGACCGUAUUGUCUACCUGUCCGAGGCAACCUACGCCGAAUAUACUGCAGCUCCCGCAGCCAAGGCGAUCAAGAUCCCCUCAAGCAUUGAGCCCACUGUGGCUUCAGCAGCGCUCCUCCAAGGACUCACUGCUCUGACGUUAAUCCGAGAGGCUUACCAUGUGCAAAAGGGAGACUGGGUCUUAGUUCACGCAGCUGCUGGUGGAGUUGGUUUGUGGCUAUGUCAAUUGCUCGCCGCUGUUGGAGCGAAGACAAUCGCAACUGCAAGCACACCGGAGAAGCUGGAAUUGGCCAAGAAGGCUGGUGCUGAGGUUCUCAUCAACUACAGCCACGAGGACGUCAAGGCAAAGGUCGACGAAGUUACCAACAAGCAGGGUGUCGCAGCUGUCUUUGAUGGUGUGGGCAAGGAUACAUUUGACCUCAGUCUGGAUUGUCUUGCCCGCAAAGGAACCAUGGCAUCAUUUGGAAAUGCCAGCGGUGCCGUACCACCGUUCGCAAUCUCGAGACUCACAGCCAAGAAUGCUAAGGUCCUCCGCCCAACGCUCUUCAACUACAUCGCGACCAGAGAGGAGUUUGAAACGUACACCAACGAGCUCUUUGACUUUAUCGUCAAGGACAAGAUGGAUGUACGAAUUCACAACAUAUACGACCUCAAGGAUGUUGCUAGUGCACACCAGGAUAUCGAAGGUCGCAAGACUACCGGUAAGCUUCUGCUGAAACCCUAG